AUGGCAGAGCUUAUAACGGAGAAUGAAUUAGGGAGAUUGAAACAUUAUAGUUCUCAUGGAGGAUUCGGAAUACCUAAAUAUGCAGGAGAAGUUAUUUCUGUUCGAUUUGAAAGUUCAUUAACUUUUCCAGAAGGAACAGAAGAUUGUGAAUAUGAUCAUUGGAAGCUUCCAGCAGAUGUAAACUGUAAUGUUUGGAUGAUGGAUAGUGUUGGAGAAUUUAUUGACUGUGUAUUGGAUUCAGACAAUCCUGCUCUUGAUGGAUGUGUCAGUGUUAGUUCAGAUACCGAAAGGUAUUUUCCAAGAGCAAAAAUUGAUUUAAAUGUAGUUCAAUCGUCAGGUACCGGAAUAAUAAUAGUAACUUUAAAUACUAAAACUAGUUCAAUAUAUGAGGUAAUGAAAAAUUUGAAAAUUUACUUGGAUGUUAUAAAUCCUUCAAUUUACAGAAAUAAGGAUAAGUUCUGUCAAAUAGAAGACGAAAGGGAGGUUUGGAAUGUAUUUUCGUUUUCACCUGUUGAGGAUAAAAGCAUUUAUGACAUAGACGAGGAUUGGAAUAGCAUUGCAGUAAUGAUGUUCUUUAUUUAUGCUGACAGGUGGCACAUGAAACCUCUUUCUCAUAUGUACCUAGCAAAUAAUUUAAUUGAAAAAAUUAAAGAUUCUAAAAAUUUAUGUUAUGCACUAAAUAAUAUUAUCUUAAGGGAUUUAGAACUUCCAGAAGGUUGUAUGUCUAUUAGAUCUUUAUUACUUGGAGAAAGUGAGAAUUCAAAUAAUAAGAGUAAUAGUAGUGACAAAAUCGAAAAUCGUAUCCUCGGAUUAAGUGAAUCAGAAGAUAUUAAUUUAGAUGGUCCUUUGCUUGUAAAGCAUUCAAGCAGUAUUACAGAUUAUAAAUAUCUUCUCAAUAGAUUGAAGGAGAGAAAAGACUACCUAAAGGAAUUCCUUAUGAAAAACAAAGAAAAAAUAGUAGAGGGAAAAGUCAUAAUUGAUCAGGAUGGGAAAGUUAACUACUAUAAUGAUAAAGAUUUUAAAACAAACAAAGAAAAAAUAUCUUCAAAAGAGAGUUUUGACGAAGAUAUUGAAUCAGAAUUUUGUCAACAGCCAACUACUUUGGAAUCUACAAACAAAGAUAUCCAAGUAAUUAAGCAAGAUAUUAGUGAGCUACAACUCCAGCUCGUUGGCAUCAUGGAUAUGUUUAUGGCUACAACACCUGCAUCAUUUACUGUACAAGGAACGGCAAACGAGAUUACAUAUAAAUCUUUAUUAGAAGAAAUUCAGUAUAUGGAAAGUACUCUAAUUCUGCAUAACCAAAGCUUACAAGCCAGAAAAUCUGAGGUUUCGAAUCAAUUUGUCGUAACAGACAAUGACCAGAUAUCUGCCUUACAACCUGUUAUAUCUAAUUCUGGAUAUACACAAUUUAUUGAUAGAAUGGAAAAACUCAGGAAUUCAGUUGAGCUAUAUGGAAUUAAAUCCAGAGAAGCAGUCAUUGACAAUAAAAACCUGCUUAAUGAGUCUAGAGAGUAUGCCUUCAACAAAAUUAGAAGUAUUGAAAUCAGGUUUGACCAGCUAAACCGCGAGUUUAAUAACUUUCUAUUUAGUAUAUCCUAUUCAAGUUUUCCGAGUUAUAUCAACUCUUUAAACUAG